UGGAGACCGCGCCCGGGAGCGCCCCGCCGUCCUCCGCCGAGGCGUUCCGGUUGGCGUUGGCGGCUCCGGGAUUGCCCGACGGUCCUUUCUGUUGUCCCAUCUGCCUCGACCUCCUGAAGGACCCGGUGACGGUACCCUGCGGUCAUAACUUCUGUCAAGGUUGCUUGGGGGCUCUCCGUCAGCGCCCGGGCCCCCCCGACGGCAGCGGGGGGGCGGGCGGGGCUGCCCGCUGCCCGCUCUGCCAGGAGCCCGUCCCCGCAGCCUUGCGGCUCCGCAAGAACCGCGCCCUCUGCGAGGUCCUGCCGCUGCUGGCAGCCGCCGCCGCCGCCACCGCUUCGUCCCCUUCAUCCCCGACCCCCCCGUCCCCCCCGAUGGCACCGGGAGCCGAAGAGGAGGAUGCGGCGGGGGAGGAAGGAGCGCCGGUGCUGUGCGACGUCUGCCCGCCGGAGUCUCGGGCGGCGGCGGCGCGGUCGUGCCUGGUUUGUUUGGCUUCUUUCUGCGGAGCCCACCUGGAGCCCCACCGGCGGGCCCCCGCCUUCCGCGCCCACCGCCUGGUAGCCCCGUUGCGGCGGCUGGAAGAGGGGCUCUGCCCCCGCCACCUCCAGCCCCUCGACGGCUUCUGCCGGGUCGAGCAAACCUGCGUCUGCGCCCGCUGCAGAGCCCACGAGCAUCGCGCCCACGACGUGGUGCCCCUCGAGAAGGAGCGUGAACACAAGGAGGCCCAACAAGCCAAAUUUCUAAGCGAUGUGGAGAACGAGCUGGAGGAGCUGGCAGUCACCAUCGCGCAGGCCAAGAAGAUGGUGGAGCUCAUUAAGGGUGCUGCCACGAAGGAGAGGGAAAGAGUUGAGAAGCUCUUUGGAGAAGCCUCCGAGGUCCUGUCGACCUUCCAGAAGGAGGUGGCCAGUUUCAUCGAGGACGGGGAGCGCUCCAUGCUGGGGGAGGCCGAGGCCGAUCUGCGCUGGAAGGAGGAGAGGCGAGCCAAGCUGGCCCAGUGCAAGCAAAACCUGGAGAAUGUCCCCAGCACCGACACCAUCUACUUCCUCCAGGAAUUUCAAGCCUUAAAAGUAGCCAUGGAAGAAAACUUCUCCCCGGUGCUGAGUUUCCAGAAGGAGCUGAACUUCACCAAGUGCACCCAAGCCGUGAGCACCAUGAAGGACGUGCUCUCCGCUGCCUGCAAAAACCAGUGGGACCACUUGCAGGGGAAAGGAACGGAUGGGCUGAGUUUCCAGGAGACAGGGGAAGCGCCGGCCGAGUCCCGAUUUCCAGACAAGUCAAACAAUCUCGCCUGCCUGGAGAGCCGUGAUUACUUCCUGAAAUUUGCCUUCAUCAUUGACCUGGACAGUGACACGGCUGACAAGUUCAUCCAGUUGUUUGGCACCAAAGGGGCCAAGCGGGUGCUGUGCCCCAUCCCCUACCCCGAGAGCCCGACCCGCUUCAUCAACUGCGAGCAGGUGCUGGGUGUGAACCUCAUGAAUCGGGGCAACUACUACUGGGAGGUGGAGAUCAUCGAGGGCUGGGUCAGCAUCGGUGUCAUUGCUGAGGACUUUGACCCCCGGGUGUCCUACAACUGUGGGCGCCUGGGGAGGAACGAGAAGUCCUGCUGCCUGCAGUGGAACGGACAGAACUAUGUGGCCUGGUUUGGCGGCUUAGAGUCCGUCAUCCAGCAGCCGUUUUUCCACACAAUCGGGGUCUUCCUGGAGUAUUCGGAGAAGGCCCUGACCUUCUACGGGGUCAAGGACUCCAAGAUGACCUGCCUGCGGCAGCUCAAGGUCUCCCCUUUGGCCAAGGGUCAGUCUGACCCCUUCCAGAUCAAGAUCAACCGCCAAUUCGCCUCUCUUUUCGUGUGCAAGCUGAAACCAGCCUUCUUCCUGGAGAGCGUCGAUGCCCACCUGCAGAUCGGGCCACUGAAGAAAGAUUGUGUUUCGGUGCUAAAGCGUCGGUAACCGCCCGGGGAGCGGGAGCACAGGACAACCCAGAAGAGUCUCUCCUGUGUGUGUUGUCUCCCUCACAGCUUCCCUUUGGUAGCGUUGUAUUUCUCUGUGGCAGCCCUCCCUCCCCACUGGGUGCUGUUGGUGGCCCAGGGGUGGGUGACACUGGCCAGCGGGCAGAGCCCCCGGGCUGGGAGCCAGGCGGGAGCAGGAUCCAAGUGCCAUCUCUGCUGCUGGGCCACUGAGCCAACUUGGGCGAGUCUCUGUGCUGCUCCCUGCCCUUCAGUUUCCCUUUCUGGACAUGAGGGACGGGGAGACAGCCUUUCUUGGUAAAGCCCGUCGCUCAGGAGAAGCGCCGUGUAGAUUUGAAGCUGUGCCUUGGCCAGCUGCCGGGCUGCCAGGUCCCUCUCCUUAUUUUCUGCUCUCACUGCCCUGGCGACUUGCACGGAUGCUCUGCUUUGUGCCUUAUCUCCAUCUUUGUGUCGCUGCUGCUUUUUAAAGCUCCGGCUCAUCGCCACCUUCCACGUGCUCCUUAUGAAGUGCCUUGGAAGUAGCAAGCCUGGCACGGACCGGGCAAACCCCAAAGCUGAUGUGGUUGCUUCCCCAGUGCCCGCAUCGCUGUUGUGCCUUGGUGUGGGUGAGCAGGGUGCUCCGGGGUUGGGAGGACACAGUGGGGACCAGGGGGGACACAGUGUGGACUGGGGGGAUGCAAAGGAGCCUGGCUGGGUUCAGGAGUGAUGCUGCGGUGACCUCUCCCCACAGGGCUGACCACCAAUUAGUGCUGGAAACGUGAAACGAGCAUCUUUGCCCUCCCUCGUGGGUAUUUUGAUCACUGGCCUGUGGCUGGGCAUAUUUGGGAAAAGCCGUGGUCCCGCUUGUGUUGGAGCCCUGUGGCUGGGGGGGUAGUUCCCCACCACAGCCCAAAAUCCCAGCUGGGAAAGGGGAGAAACCUCCAAGCGAGAAGCAGCAGCACCAUUCCUGCCCUCAGAGGGCGAAGGGAGCAGCACAAAAGAGUUUUGAGGACGUGCUUUUAGAAAACACAUUCCUCGGGAACUGUUUAUAGAAGCUUUACAGCUUCCCCCCACGUUUUUGAUGACCCUCCUAUUUUAGGGGGGUUUUAAUAUUAAACUCCCAGCUCUUAAAGUAGCCUGGGCACACUGGAGCUGUACCCCUCAGCUUAGAGAGCUUUUUUAAGUGACAAAGAGGUGCUGUGAGUAUGUCCCAGGGACAAAUGGAUUGUUGUAGGGACAGCUGUGAGUGCAUCAAUAAAAGGUGCAGCCUCAGGCAGUUAUCGAAUGACCCUUUAGAUUCUGGCAAUAAGUAACAAUUAACAAAAAACUACUCUCAAGCAAGUGUCCCCUCCAGGAAAGGUGGAAACUUGAGGCUGAGAGCCAAAAAUGCCAGUUCACGUGUCCUAAGGGAGCUUUUCCAGAAGCAAAAUAGAGAAAUGCCGCCUGUAAGGGCGGCACAGUGCAGCCCCUGUCUCGGCGCAGCGUGCCUUUCCACAAGUUUAUUUUUCCUGGGAUUAGGUUGCUACCUACCUCCCGAAGCUCGCUUUACAGAAUUGUAGUGCUGUGUAAUAUAUACCUAGAGAGAAAAUAUAUUGGGUCCGUUUCUUUGCUGGCGUGAGUGAGUCAGCGGUGACGCAUCAACAGUCAACAGGGAUGGAAAAUGGCCCAUUUAGCUAAAUAUAUGAAAUAUGUACAUAUUCCCCAAAGGAUAAGCUGGAAUUCAUAGUGCUGUAUUCAGGGGGAGCCAAGGGAAAAAAGUGAACGUGAAUAAAAAGGCAGCCACAAAGCCGAGAGGUUUAAAGUUAAAGCCACGUUUACAUAAACACUGGGGCUUAAAGAGCUGCUUUACUGUAACUCGUUUGCCAGCGCUGCCAAUUAAUGCUGGUGCCAAGAGCUGCCGGUCCCCAGCCAUCGGCCACCGCUGGGGGCUCUCCUUGGAGGGGCUGAAGGGUCCGAUCACAGCUGCCCCCUCCCCAAAUUUCGGAGAGAUUUGAGGGCUUGACCAGGACAGGGCUGGAGAGUGGGUUCUGGGAGGGGAACCCCUGGGAUGUGCCUACAAAUCCCUCCUCUUCCUCCUCCUCCGCACGCGGCGACUCCUAAAAUCCCGCCGGCGGUGGGAAAAGGGGAGGUAGGGCUUCCAGAGUGAAACCUUCGGAUGAAAUCUUGGCCUUUCCCAGCCAGCCAGCGGGAACGCUGCCCGGACUUCUGUCCAGAUGGGAAUUCACUCCCCGUCUCCGCAGCUCCUGCCUCAAAACCGCUUUGUUUGGCUCCCGCCGGUCGCUCCCCUGCAAAUCUCAGCCCUCGCACGAGCUGUCAGCGUGACACAGCCCAGGCCUCGCCCCUGUUUUCUUAACACGGGCGAGGACUGGGGCUCAGAAAUGCCUUACCAGAUAAAAAAGGUAGGGACGUGACACAGCCCCCCUGCGUGGGCACAUCCCGGGAGGAAGAGGAAGGUACCCGUGACCUCUGCUGCACGCCUGCAGGAAGAGAUGUCGCAGGCGGGCUCCUGCCUCGGCUCUGUCUGGGCCCUAAAUCUCAUUUAUUCCGGCAAAACUCCCACCAUUCGUGGCCAGGAGUUUUUGCCAGAGUAAAUAGAGCGGAUCCAGGCCUUUGCCCCAUUUCUUUUCUCCGUAGGCGGACAGAUUGCUCCGUGGGGAAUGCCGUGCUCUAGCCACCCAUCCCUCCCUUCUCUCUGAGCUCCCUCAGGGUUCGGGAUGGUUCGGUGGGAUCCCACGCCUUUCCCUUUCCAUCCUGUAACCAAGGCGGGAGCAGCUCAGGAGGACACGUCGGGUGUUGGGGUUUUGCUGCUGGUUGUGCUGCUGCUUUUGCUUAAUUCGCCUUAAUUCCCAGCCCCCAGAGCUGGGAUGCUGAUACGCAGCUUUUCGGAGGGAUUUGAGGGCUCGACCAACCCUCUCCUUCCCACUGCCUGCUUUUAUCCGGGUGGGAAGCUCUCUAAAUCCUCAUGGUUUAGGGCAUGGAGCAAAUUCUGACCCAUUUAAGGCGGGAGCAAUCCUCCCACCCGGGGAGUUGGACCAGAGUUUGCUCUGGGUUGCCAAUAAUUUGGGGUCUAAACUGGAACGAUUAGGAAAUGUGCACUCUGCCAGCUCUGGAUCGCUGCAAACGGAGGGCUAAAUGCGGUGUGUGGUGAGUUUAGAUGGACAGAUAGCCUUGGCAAUUUAAAUUCCAUGUUCCCUUGAGUUAUUUCUGCUGUCACAGAGUGUUCCUCUUUUCAAUUAGGAUUUUUUUAAAUCGAGUUACUGUAGAGUAUUUUACAUGUGUGAAAAAUACAAACUGUAACAGAAUAAUAUAAUGAUGUUAGAGACUAUGAUUUACCAUUAAAUAUUACAUCGCUCUGGGUUGUUCUUUCCUUUAAAUACUAAAC